AUGGAACAACAAAAUUACAUAAAAUUAUGCAAACCCGUACCUGGAAGCAACAGAAUCCCUCUGUCCGAAACCAAAAUUCCACCAAAAAAGAAACAAAAAAGAGACUGGCUAUAUGAGGACUUGUUCCUGUCUGAAGAUUCAUCUGAUGACGAAGACACCAUGGGAAUGUCGAUGGACUUGGACAGCAUCUCAGUUUCUUCCAUUAAAUUAACUGAAGCAACUACAGAAACAGAAAAAAGUGAAAAUCCUGAUAACCCAGUAAACCGAAACAAAGAAAAUGAAUGGAACACGAUAAACCACCACAAAUAUGAAACAAAUAAGAAAGAAAGUAACAUGAAGAAAGAGAAAGACACCAACGUAAAUGCAAAGAAUGAAACUGAACUGAAGAAAAGAGGAAAUGAGAAGGAACAGAAAGAUAGCACGAAAGAAAAGGAACAGAAAAUAAGUAACAAGAAAGACACUGACAUCAAGGAAAGUGGAAAUGAGAAGGAACAGAAAGAUAGCACGAAAGGAAAAGAACAUAAAGAAAGUGAUAGGAAAGACAAUGACAUUAAGAAAAGUGGGAAAGAGAGUGAAAAGAAAGACAGUACAAGAGAAAAGGAACACAAAGAAAGUGAAAAGAAAGACACUGAACACAAGAAAAUUGGUAAUAAACAAGAACAAAAAGAGAAUAUGCGAGGAAAUGAACACAAACAUAGUGAUAAGAAGGACAAAGAACAAAAAGAAAGUAAGAAAAGGGAGAAACACAAAGAGAGUGAGAAGAAAGACAACGAACAUGAGAAAAGUAACAAUGAGAAAGAACAAAAACACAGAAAGAAAGAAAAUGAAAACAAAGAAAGUAACAAGAAAGACACUGAACCUAGGACAAAAGAAAGUGAAAAGAAAGACACUGAACACAAGAAAAUUGGUAAUGAAAAAGAACAAAAAGAGAGUAAGAAAAGGGAGAAACACAAAGAAAGUGAGAAGAAAGACAAUGAACCUGAGAAACGUAACAAUGAGAAAGAACAAAAAGACAGAAAGAAAGAAAAUGAAAACAAAGAAAGUAACAAGGAGGACACUGAACUUAACAAGGAAAAUUGUGACUCACGAAACGUAACAUUCAAGAUUCCACAAAACAAAAACUCUACCCAGAAAAAGGCAUUUUCACCACUCAAUGACUCUGUGUUAUAUCCCGAAGCAAACAAAAUACCAGACCGGGAAAAUAUCAACCUAUCAGACAUACGCAAAAUAGUUAGCUACGACGACAUAAUUACAGAUCAGGCUGAAUUUUCUGAAAAUGAGGACGAUGAAAGUUACCAGACAACGACGGCAGACGAACAGGUUGAUAAAAUGGUACAAGAAGUUGGUUCUUUUGUAAUCCUAAAUGUAAGCGGCACCCUGUUCCAAACAUCUUUCAAAACUCUGAAGAAUUCCCCAGAAUCAGCCCUGGCCAAACUGGAUGAUGGAAGAAUGCCCAUACAAAACAACACAAUAUUAAUUUUAAGGAACGCCAAACACUUCCAGUACAUUCUCGAUUUCUUGGCGGACAAUUGUAAAAUGCCAGAAGGCUUACUACCCAAGGACAUGGUAACACUGGAGGAAGUACUCCGCGAAGCAAAUUAUUACAAAAUAAAUGAAAUUUCAAAAAUUCUAGAAAACCAUAAACCAGUACUCAGGGCGAUUGAAAAAGCAAAAGAACAGUGGCUCCUUGACUGGCAACAGAAAAACAACAGAACAUCAAACUACCCCACCGGACAAUACUACUACUGA